UCGAAUCGAAGAUUUCAAAGUUCUUCCUGAGAUGAGAUGAUAUGCUUCUUGUUCUUUUAAUUGUUCAAUCCAAAUUGAUUGUGAAGUGAAGGAAUUAAAUCGCCUUCUUCAGAUCUGUAAAGUCAACACUGCCAACACAAUCAAAGACCUGGAAACAAAUGUGGAAGCCUUAGAAAAUUCAAUGAAACAACUGAACGAAGUUCGUGAAGAUGUGAAUAGAAGGGUGGUUCUCGAAGAGGAAAGGCAGAUGGUACGCACUAAUCAGGUCGAUGGCUGGUUGGAAAGGGUCGCGGCGACUGACAAAAGUGUUGAGGAGUUUCUGGAAAGGGCUAGUCAGAAAAGGAAUUGUUGUACGUGCUGUUGGUUGAGAUAUAAGCUUGGCAAGGAAGCUGUUGUGAAUCGGGAAGCUGUGGAGGAGCUAAUAAGGAAAGGACUAGCAUUCGAUACGGUAGCUGAGGCGUUGCCGCGUGGUGUAGGGGAUGAGAGACCUCUUGGGAAGACAGUAGGAUUGGAUUCACCUCUUGCACAAGUGAAUAGAUGGAUUGAGGAUGAUAAUGUGAGGAUCAUCGGGAUAUAUGGAAUGGGGGGUGUGGGGAAAACAACGCUUUUGAAGAAGGUUAACAAUACUUGUCUAAGUACGAAUCAUGGGUUCGAUAAAGUGAUUUGGGUGUUGAAUUUUAGAUGCCCGAUUCUUAAAGCGGAAGCGUACCUGAUGAAGCCAUAUACAAAUCUUGAGUGAUUAAAGGU